GCAGAACAUCACAACUAUUAUUGCAUUCCUCGCGCCUUCUCUCAUUCUUCUGCGCAUUCUCUCUUUCCCCCGUCCUCCUCCCCCCCUGGCGCUGGCACUUCACCAGCUUCCUGCAUACAUGCUCCGUCCACACACCUGAGCGAACCGGGUGGUCCAAGGGAAGGCCAAUACGGCGAUGACAUGCCUCUGCUCAUGCCGUCCCUCCUUACUAUGAACGGAGCAGCUCUCCUCUUUCGUACUCCGUAACGCCGUUACCUAUGUAUCCGAUCCAAUUCAUGCCACUCACUGCCUUCCUCGCCUGUUGUUCAUCCAUCCCAUCCGCACCACGAACGCGCGAAACGGGUAGCUAGGGCUUUCGAGCUCUUUCUUUGUUCCUCUUAAGGGUCGCGUGUUGCCGUCCCUCGGGAGACAAAAGACGCCAGACUGACGCACGAUAGACCAAGCUUGCCUCCGUCGCAAGCCCAGCCAGUCCUCGAGCAGCGCACUACUCUCUUAGUCUCGCGGGCGGCCCCAACUGAUCUUCAACGUCGACAAACUGGCCAAAAGAAAAAUCAGAAAAAAAUAAAACCAAGAGAACCCCGUUCGUCGAGCAAAGGCAAGAAAAGGUACGUACGCUACGCUAUCCUCCGUACCCGGCAGGGGAACAAUGUGGUGUGGCACGGUACAUUCAUCCACCCAUUUGCCCAUCCAUCCAUGAUCCAACAGAGAGGCCCAUCCCUCCAUCUUCAUCCACACACCCUCCAAAGUUCCCGGACGCUUGGCCUGGCUGGUCACCCCCCUCCAGAAGUCCACCCUCCACUCUUCCCUACUACGUGAUCGUCCCUCGCUUUGGGCACUCACAUGGGGGGGCCUCUUCUUGGGCUCCCGAAACCUUGAGUCAAGCCCUGGUCCUGGUAUGCAGCUAUCCACCAUUAGCACGGCAAGGAUCCCUCCAACACGUCCGUCCCAGGGCUAUGACAUUCCUGCUAUGCCUAUUCCCCUCCCACAUCAAUGCCCGUCAUCUCCUCCCUACAUUCCAUAACUUCUACGUCUUCCCAUCAAAACCACCUUGCACACAGGCCAAGCGGGUUGUUCCUCUGUUCACUUCUUCCGCCGUCAACUGACUGUCAACAUCAGCUUGACAGCUCGAUCUCGACACCUGACCGCAACAACAAUAACAACACCAACCCACUCGAAGUAGGGACUUGCGACUCGCGACUGCUCUUCAGGGAAGGACACACUCACACACACACAACGCCAGAGGCGCAUAUUUCUUGGAUCGAAUCGACUGGACCUUUGCGUGGACGAAGCACCGGCACCCAUUGACCUAUCCGAUACCCGCACGAGGCCACAGCAAAGGCGCAGCAGGACGAUACCGUAUUCGAGGGGAUAGGUUGGACCUGACUCUACGACUGCAUAUCGGACCUGGACCCGACUGAGGAGGCGGCCUCGAAACCCGACGACUAUUAACCGCGCGCACAUCGCUUACACGACUGUUGCUCAUGCUUUUCUACGAGAUCUACCAGCAGCAGCCAUGGUAAUGCUGAGCGACCAUUCCAUGCGUGCCAGCCUCCAAGUGGCCCCUCUCAAGCUUCACAAAUCCAGAUCCUGCGAUGCCCUGUCCUCGAAACAAGACCACUACAGUUCCAAGUCGUACACUACAUCACACAUGACGCCGCCCGCAACACCCAAUGGCUCGCAGGAAGACCUGGCGGCCGACCAGCUGCCACCGCCGGUCUUUCACAACUUCCUGCGAGCCUUUUAUCCUUUCCAUCCAAGCUAUGCCAUGACCGACUCGAGCGUUACUCUUCCAUUGAACGAAGGAGAUGUUAUUCUGGUGCACUCAAUUCACACCAAUGGAUGGGCUGAUGGAACCCUGCUGGUAUCAGGCGCAAGAGGAUGGCUUCCAACCAACUACUGCGAGGCAUAUGACCCGGAAGAGAUGAGGAACCUGUUGAAAGCACUGCUCAACUUUUGGGACCUUUUGCGAAGCACAUCAGUAAACGACAGCGAGAUUUUCGGCAAUCAAGAAUUCAUGAAGGGUAUCAUCGCGGGAGUACGCUAUCUGUUGGAACGCACGCACUGCUUGACCAGGGAGUCGGCGAUCAUAACCCGCAACGAAAGUCUACGGCGCGCACGCAAGACCUUACUUUCCGAGUUGUCGGCCUUAGUCAAGACGGCAAAGCGUUUGCAAGAGGCCCAAAAGGGUAUCGCCAAUCCGACAGAAGAUGUCAACGACAUCAUUGACGAAAUGAUCCUGAAAGCUUUCAAGAUCGUGACCAAGGGUGUAAGGUUUUUCGACAUCCUUGAGGAUGAUCGUAGGCAACGCGCUCCCGCAGUGACUGUCAUGGCUACCGUCAUUGAAGAAUCCUAUAUCCCACCGACGCCACCUGCAGAUCAAAUCAAGUUCGAUGCAACUCACAAUGCCGCUUCCCGAGGACCGACGAACGGAACACCCACCAGGGGUACGCCCUCACAAACAGGCGAUGCGGCACAAACAUCAAACGCACCGAAUAGCAGGCGGCUUUCGACCCUCCAGUCCCCCGCUAGUCCCAACUCGCACCGCAUGUCUCAAAAUGUCAAACGGCUGUCAUCCAGCAUCUCACAUCGCGUCUCAUUGGCUGGCCCUUCGCCCCUGUCAAGACCGCAUCAUCUUGUCUCGGAACGCCUCAACAAGAGCCACGAUACUUUCUUGUCCCACCUGGGCUCCUUCAUUGGCCGUCUGCACCUGCAGUCCCAGUCUCGGCCGGAAUUGGCCUUCGCCAUCAAACUUUCGGCGACGUCUGGUGGGGAGUUGCUUGCCGUGGUCGACAUCGUGUGUGGUCAGAGCACCAGCUCUGAUAUGCUGGUUAGAGCGAGGGAUAUGAUGUUUGAGCGCAUCAGGGAGUUGGUAACAGCGGCAGGUCAGAUCAUCCGCCACGCAGUGUUCCAGGAUGCCGAUGUUAUCAUGCCACAGGACAACAGCUUGUUGUUGAUGGCGGCAACAGGUUGCGUGAAGGCUGCCGGUGAGUGUGUAGCCAAGACCAAGUGGGCGAUUGAGCGUGUCGGCGACUUCGAAUGCGAAUUUGAGGCCGGCGAGCUGGGCAUCGAUCUCAGCGUUCUCGAUGUUGCCCUCGAGCCGCAAUACCGGAGGCCAUCGAUCGCACCGUCCGUUGCAGAAACAACAACCACCGAGGCGACCAGUGUCGCGGGGUCGACUAGAAGUUCUGACUCUAUGCACUCCGUUGUGCCGCCAACGCCCCACCACCAGCAACGACCGAGUCUCGUCGCCAACGACAAGCCACUGCCUCAACUACCACCCGUCGAUGGCAGUGAACCUCUCGGUCACCGACGUCGGCCCUCCUCUCAGAACUCUUCUGCACCUAAUUCCCGACCGUCUUCACUUAACAAUGAACACAUUGCGAACAUGGUGUCUUCCGUAUCGUCGAUGCGGCCGACUCUGCCACCUCUCCCCAAACUAUCCACAUCCCUGCUCCCGGGAGAUGAAUACAGCCCCAUCGAAAACCAGGAUGGCGACUACAAUAAUUCCUCCCGUGUUGACAGUAUGGCUGCCUCGAGCGCGGGCAGCAGCAGCACUUAUCUCAGCCGAGACUCCGAGGCCAGCUUAGUCUCUCAAACAUCUACACGCGCGACCACGCCCGAUCACUCCUUGGCACCAAAGCUGAAGCUUUCCAUGUCAGAGCUUAGCAAUGCCGGAAGUGCAAACGCCAUCAACGAAGAAGUUGACGAUGUCGAGUCUAAGCUGCUUGAGAAGACUUACGCUCAUGAGCUAAUUUUCAACAAGGAGGGCCAAGUCACGGGAGGUUCCCUACCCGCCCUCGUUGAGCGUCUUACAACUCACGAAUCUACUCCCGACGCUACCUUUGUGUCAACUUUCUACCUCACAUUCCGGUUGUUCAGUAGCCCGCUCAAGCUGGCCGAGACUCUCAUCGAUCGAUUCCACUACGUCGCUGAGGCACCCCACAUGGCCGGCCCAGUCAGGCUCCGUGUAUACAACGCCUUCAAGGGUUGGCUCGAAUCGCACUGGCGCGACGAGACUGACCGCGAAGCCCUUAGCCUCAUUGAGCCCUUUGCGGAGUACGAGCUUGGUGCAGUGUUGCCCUCCGCUGGUCGGCGACUUCUGGAACUUGCUCAGCGCGUUGCCAAGGACAUUGCCCUCGUCCCGCGCCUUGUGUCUUCCAUGGGCAAGACCAACACUUCGAUUGCGCAGUACAUCCCGGCCGACACGCCGCAUCCACCCUUGGCCCUGACCAAAAGUCAGAUUCACCAGCUGUUUGCUUGGAAGAACGGCGGCAGCAAUCCCACUGUCCUGGACUUUGAGCCUCUCGAGAUCGCUCGCCAGCUCACCAUUAGACAGAUGAACAUCUUCUGCUCCAUCAUGCCCGAAGAGCUUCUUGCUUCUCAAUGGAUGAAGAAGGGCGGCGUCGAUGCACCCAACGUCAAGGCUAUGUCAGCUCUGUCUACUGACCUGUCUAAUCUCGUCGCAGAGACAAUCUUGCAGCACUCGGAAGUCAAGAAGCGUGCUGCCGUCAUCAAGCAGUGGAUCAAGGUUGCUCAUCAAUGCCUGGAACUCCACAACUACGAUGGUCUGAUGGCCAUCAUCUGCAGUCUGAACAGCAGUACAAUCAGCCGUCUGCGCAAGACCUGGGACAUUGUUUCCGUCAAGCGCCGCGAGAUGCUCCGCACGCUGCAGGCUAUCGUUGAGCCCGCACAGAACAACAAAGUUCUCCGGACUCGCCUCCACGACCACGUUCCCCCUUGCUUGCCAUUCCUCGGCAUGUUCUUGACGGAUCUGACAUUCGUUGACAUCGGCAACCCUGCGACCAAGCAAAUUCCUACUCUCGGUGGCGAUGGUUGCGAGGAGAAUGGCGGUGGUCUCACCGUCGUCAACUUCGACAAGCACACCCGCACGGCCAAGAUUAUUGGGGAGCUCCAACGAUUCCAGAUCCCUUAUCGGUUGACUGAGAUCCCAGAGAUGCAGGAUUGGAUGGCGGCGCAGAUUGUGCGUGUCCGUGAGAGCGACCAAGGCAACGUCCAAGUCAGCUACUACCGCAAGAGUCUACUCCUGGAGCCUCGGGAGAUGGCUGUGCGAACCCCUAUUGAGCCCCAGACCAGCAACACUAGCACCCAGGGCCGCGGCGACCUAUUUGGCUGGAUGAGCCGAGACCGAGGUGCCCCGACGCCCACACCGAUGUGAGGCUACAGACGAAGCAUCCCACAUCGCGACAACAUUUGAUCGAACGGACAACAUCAUUUCCACAUUUCCGGCGACAUACUUUACCCCUUAUUCUGCUUCACUUUUGAUACCCAAUUUUUCUAACCUCUUAUUGAGGUAUUAUGUCAUGAAAAGUUUCGUCCUUAGGAUGACACUACACACGGCGUUAAUCUGCUUUCUUGCCCUGCACUUCUUGUCUGGGCUUGAGGCCUCAUCCGCCGGACCCGAAAACGCGCGGCGCUGGAAUCGACUUAUCACAUUUUUUCUGCAUGCUGGGAAAUAUCUCAUUCUCCCUUGUUCGACAGCGACCUGAAGUGGGUUGUUUGUGGAUAUCGGAGUCAUCUACACUCCUUGUUGGAUUCGACCUUCACUCGCUCAAGAGUUGGCUGGAGGAAGGAUGUCUUGUUCCAUUGUGUAUCCUAUUUUUGGUGGUUUUGGAUGGUGGCUGGUCUCUAGAUGGAUGGACGGACCGGAGUUGAUGGUAUACCAGGCCAGGCCUUCGUGCCUUCGUUGGACACCGCCGUCGCUGCGGAUGAUGUGGCAGGCUUUUCCUCGGCGUCUAAAAGACCAAAAAGUGUACAAUGUAUAUGUAGGCUAAUCUGCACGGUGCCUCUGAGGAUGGCGCAGGAACGGAC